AUGUCAGUGACUACUUCUAGCUCUACGUCAACUACAAGUCAGGUUUAUCCGAAUAACACCAGUGAUACCCAGUGGGUCUCAGGCUCCAGUAAUCAUACCCCGCAAAGUGAUAUACAAACUUCGGCGGGUGAAACACAGCAGUAUAGGGUUAAUCACAUAAACUGCAAUGGUUCCAGUGGUAUCUACAACGUUCCGAAAAUUACUCAUACUAAUAUGUAUAAUGGACUCAGUGCUAGUGGAAUCAAUAAUAUAAAUGGUAUCAGCAAUACUAACUGCAUUGAUAGCAACAUUAAUGUCCAUGAACAGCAUUACAACCUUCCAAAUUAUGCUAGUUCAUCAAACGGGAUAACUGGCAAUGACAUCAGAUUUCAAAGCACACAUAACAGGCACAGUAAUUCAGGAGUCAUGGUGUCUACCUCUCGCGUCUACGUACCUUACCCUGCGCCCAGUACGUCAUGGGCUAGUUCCGGAAACCGUCAUCUCUUGGGUUCCCGCACCACUUGGAGUGCAACUAAAACCACUAACGGUGGUGUUAAAAAACCGAAACGCAUCCGUACUGCAUUUACUAGUCAACAAAUGAUGGAAUUGGAAAAUGAAUAUGCAAGAGCUCGCUAUCUAGAUCGAAGCCGACGCGCUGAACUUUCAGAAGUACUCAGUCUAAAUGAGCGAACUAUUAAGAUUUGGUUCCAAAAUCGACGUAUGAAGGAAAAGAAAGACAAGAUUGAAUCAGCCGAAGAGGCUGAAGCAACAAGUACUACAGAACCAAUACCACAAAACGCUUCAGCACCAGUCAUUAUGUAUGACCCAUAUCCACACAAUGGUAUAUUUACCCGGGACGAGUACGUAGAACAGUAUCCAGUAGCAUCUUCUGCUAUGCCGAUGCCACCACAAAAUAUAAUGCCUAUAGUACAAAGCGGUCAGAACUCAACAUUCAAUUCAUAUCCUGCAUUUAUUGUUGAUAAUAACGUUCAGUUGGCGGAAAAUUUUGAUGUACAAUAUAGUGAAGUAAAUAUGGGCCUCAUCGAAUGUCAUAUCAACGAUAAAAUUGAUAAUUUUAAAGUAGAAGUUAUAGACUCCUCACCGCAGCCAGGGACGAGCAGCAGCACAAGUGACGGUUCUACAAAUGAUUUUAAUGGGCAAAAUUGGGAUUUAUCAUGGAUUCGUAGUAUUAAUAUGGAUGAUGAUUUU